CGUGUUGUUGCUGCAGUUUGAUUUGGUUGACAGUCGCGCUGGUCGUGUAUUUAUUUUCAAAAGUUCUCAUUCCGUAUCCGAAUCGGACUCAAUUAGGGACCAGCAUAACUUUUAUUUGGGCUAUAUAAUCGUUGAUCUCUACAUCUUACCCUGCUGCAGUUGUUGUUUGUUGACAGAUCGAAAUAAUCCCUCAGAUUAACUAAUCGGAAAGAAUUCCCCCAACGGAGGAAGACACUCAGCUGAAAACACAGAGACACCAGGAUCCCAGAAACCACAAUGGGCGGCUCGGCAGUGCAGGUGAUCAACGCCUCCGAGGAGCACACUUUUGUGCUCAACGAGGAUGCGCUGAGCGAGGUCCUUAUGCAGGAUGCGGUCAAGGAUCGGUUUGUCUGCGUUGUCUCUGUGGCGGGAGCGUUCCGGAAAGGCAAAAGCUUCCUGCUGGACUUCUUUCUGCGCUAUAUGUACUCAAAGUAUGUGCAUCACGAUGUGACAGAUUGGUUGGGCGAUGAAUCAGAUCCACUGGAAGGAUUCUCCUGGCGAGGUGGUUCUGAGCGCGACACCACCGGUAUCCUCAUGUGGUCUGACAUAUUCCUGCACGACUAUCCCAACGGCGACAAGAUUGCCAUCAUUCUGUUGGACACACAGGGCGCUUUCGAUAGUCAGAGUACGGUGCGUGAUUGUGCCACCGUUUUUGCGCUAAGCACGAUGCUGUCGUCGGUGCAGAUCUACAACUUGUCACAGAACAUCCAGGAGGACGACCUGCAGCACCUGCAGCUCUUCACCGAGUAUGGCCGCUUGGCGUUGGCCGACACCGGCAAGAAGCCUUUCCAGCGCUUGCAGUUCCUUGUCCGCGACUGGAGUUUUCCCUAUGAAGCAGAGUACGGAGCACUGGGUGGCGAUAAGAUUCUUAAGCGUCGUCUGGAGGUUUCCGACAAACAGCACCCUGAGCUUCAGUCCCUGCGUCGCCACAUUUCGUCCUGUUUCACAGAGGUGGCAUGCUUCCUAAUGCCGCAUCCUGGUCUCAAUGUGGCCACCAAUCCAAAGUUCGACGGCCGGUUGACGGACAUCACACCCGAGUUCAAGAACAGCCUGCGAUCCCUGGUACCCAUGCUGCUGGCGCCGGACAAUCUGGUCUACAAGGAGAUUAGCGGACAACGGGUGCGGGCUCGUGAUCUCAUCCAGUACUUCCAGUCGUACAUGAACAUCUACAAGGGCAAUGAGCUUCCAGAGCCGAAAAGCAUGCUGGUGGCCACCGCCGAGGCGAACCACUUGACAGCCGUGGCCGCCGCCAAGGAGCUAUACGGACAACUCAUGGAGGAGGUAUGCGGCGGAACGCGGCCGUACUUAAGCACCGCUCACUUGGAGACGGAGCACCUGCGGGUGAAAGACAAGGCUCUCUUUCAGUUUGCCACAAAGCGCAAGAUGGGUGGCGAAGAGUUCACCGAGAAGUUCCGCAUACAACUGGAGGAUGAUCUCGAGGAGGUCUUUUCUAACUAUCGAGCGCACAACGAGAGUAAGAACAUCUUUAAGGCGGCCCGCACCCCAGCGGUGUACUUCGCCUGUGCCGUCAUCAUGUAUAUCCUCAGUGGCAUCUUUGGAUUGGUGGGCCUUUACACUUUCGCCAACUUCUGCAACCUGAUUAUGGGUGUGGCGCUGCUAACGCUGGCUCUGUGGGCCUAUAUCAGAUAUAGCGGUGAGCUUAGUGACUUUGGGGGCAAGUUGGAUGACUUUGCAACGCUCAUGUGGGAGAAGUUCAUGCGACCGAUCUAUCACGGAUGCAUGGAGAAGGGCAUCCAGCAUGUGGCUACUCAUGCGACCGAAAUGGCUGUGGGUGGAGGCGGUGCCGCCGCCUACCGCUCCCAAAACUCGGUGAAUGCGUCCAACGGCAAGGUGAAGCGAUCAUGAGAAUACGCCCAAGGAGCGCAGCACAAGACGCAGCAGCAGGUGCCGUCGCAGCCGCCGCCGGCAACAAAAACCAACAACAAUAAUAACAACAACAACAAUGUGGCAUACAAAUCAAAUAAGAGCAACAACAUUAACGAGGCCGACGGUUUCAUCCACAACAUCUGGCGCAAAUUCGGCGGGAGCAACGAAGAAAAGGCUAAAGCCACCAUCCUUAGUCCAUCGGCCCCAUCCUCUUCCCAGGCGCCAAAUAGUCGCAAAAAGCGCAAAGCGAAGCGCAACUAAGUGUCCAUGGGCCAGUAGAAUGGUUCGAGCCUCUCUGCAGGAUCCAUUUUUGAAAGGACGACCCCCUCUAAUUUGUAAAAAUCUAUAACUUUCUAUAGUGUGAAAGAUCCAGAAACACAAAAGUCUAGCUAUUAAUUGCCCUAAAAGGAAAUUGUUUUUAUAUUGCAUUAAUUGAAGUGUAGAUGGUCUAUAUUACGUAUAUUUAAGAGUAAGUGCAUCAUUAGUAAGUGGCUCGUGUCUGUUGAAAAGUGAAAUUUUAAAUUGUUUUUUACAUACGAUUAUGCGUCUGAAACGGAUAUAUGAAAUUUAACGCUGUAAUAUAAAGAAAUCGCUAACGAA